UCAGAAGUUGCAGCAAUGGGAAACGGACGGGAUGAGAUUUUAAUGUCCUCACCUCAACCGACUGUGUGUGUGCGGACAGUCUGCGUCUGAUAUGGGUUCGGACUGCGAAAGUUACUACAGCCAAGAAAACGUGUACGUGGAGGGCUUCACGUGUCCGAGAGCAGACAAUGACACCGCGGCACUUUUCUGCUGCGGGUUCAGUGACUUGAAGUACUGUUGUGAUGACCCCAACAGCUUUUUCCCCUACGAAUAUGGAUACAUGUGGUGGUUAAGUCUUGGAGCUCUGGUGGGUCUCUCUGUAGCAGCUGUGGUUCUUCUUGCCUUCAUCAUCACUGUGUGUGUCCUCUGCUACCUCUUCAUCACCACCAAACCCAAAGGUCUGGACAAUGGGCUGCCGCUCCGAGCACCAGGUUCUACACCAAGUCCACAGGGACCAGAGCAGAGUCAUGCCAGCGCACCUGCUGGUCCUCAAGGUUUCAGGAAACACUUCCUGAGGGGGAAGCUGGACUGUGACAACCAGCCCCCAGAUCCUGACCGCCUUUUCCAGCGUUGCUUCAUGGCUACUGUGACGUCUAUUAACGUUGAGGGUCCAGCGUAGACAUGGGGACUAUUUGACUUUUUGACCAGUUACUUUUACUUUGAUUCCUUUAUGCUGGCUGCCUACCUGUUUUCUGCGAUACUAUCCUUCUUCUUCAGAAGGCUACAGGUUGGGCUGAAUGU